CUAUUAUGACUGCUUAUAACAAGGUUAAUGGUGUUCAUGUCUCUGAAUCCAAGGCUAUCUUACAAGGUAUUUUAAGAAAUGAAUGGAAAUGGGAUGGUUGUACAAUGUCCGACUGGUACGGUACUUACUCAACCAAGGAUUCUCUUGAUGCUGGUUUGAACUUGGAAAUGCCAGGUCCAACUAGAUUUAGACAAGUUCUUCAAACUGUUCACCAAGUCCAAGCUAACUUGAUCCACCCAAAGGUUAUUGAUGAUAACGUCAGACAAGUGUUGAAAUUAAUCAACCAAGGUUUGAAAGCUGGUAUCCCAGCUGAUGUUAUUGAAUCCCCAAACAACUCUCCAGAGUCUAGUAAGACUUUAAGAAAGGUUGGUGAUGAAUCUAUUGUUUUAUUAAAGAACGAAGAAAGUAUUUUACCAUUAUCCAAGACCGCUAAAGAAACCAUUGCUGUUAUUGGUCCAAAUGCCAAGGCUUCUCAAGACUCUGGUGGUGGUUCUGCUUCUUUAACUGCUAGAUACAAGACUACUCCUUACGGUGGUAUUGAAGAAAAAGUCAAGGAAGGUAACAACUCUAUCAAGUUGGAAUAUGCUCUUGGUGCUUUCUUAGAUAAGAACGUUCCAGAUAGUGCUGCCAUUUUGGAAAGUGAAAGUGGUAAAAAGGGUCUUAUUACUGCUAGAUUCUACCACACUGCCCCAGGUACUCCAGAUCGUAAACCAUUUGAUGAAUUGUCAUUAAACACUACCAGAAUCUUCCUUAACGAUUUUAAGAGUGACAACUUAAGUUUGGAACAAUUAUUGUACUAUGCCGACUUCUCUGGUUACUUCACUCCUGAAGAAAGUUCUGAAUAUGAAUUUGGUUGUUCCACUUUUGGUUCUGCCCAAGUUUUUGUUGAUGGUAAGUUGGUCGUUGAUAACAAGACCAAGCAAGUCAAGGGUGAUGCAUUCUUCUUAGCUAUGGGUACUAGAGAAGAACGUGGCUCUAUUUACUUAGAAAAGGGUAAGAAAUAUCUUGUCAAGGUUGAAUUCGGUACUUCUCCAACUUAUACUCUUGCCAAUGGUUCCCAAGAACCAGGUGGUGUAUACUUUGGUGUUCGUAUCAAGUCAUCUCCAGAAGAUGAACUCGCCAAGGCUGUCAAGGUUGCCAAAUCUGCUGACAAGGUUGUUUUGGUUGUUGGUUUGUCCAAGGAAUGGGAAUCUGAAGGGUUUGAUCGUCCAGACAUGGAUAUCCCAGGUUACACCAACAAAUUGGUUGAAGAAGUUGCCAAAGUCAAUCCAAAUAUUAUUGUUGUUAACCAAUCUGGUUCUCCAGUUACUUUACCAUGGGUUGAUAAAACAAAGGCUUUAGUCCAUGCUUGGUAUGGUGGUAACGAAUUAGGUAACACUAUUGCUGAUGUCUUGUUUGGUGACUACAAUCCUUCUGGUAAGUUAUCUGUGUCAUUCCCAAAGAGAUUAGAGGACAACCCAUCAUUUGUUAACUUUGGUUCCAACAAGGGUCAAGUUUGGUAUGGUGAAGAUGUCUUUGUUGGUUACAGAUUUUACGAAAAAGUUGGUCGUGAAGUUUUAUUCCCAUUCGGUUUUGGUUUAUCUUAUACCUCGUUUGAUUUCAAGAACUUGAAGGUUGAUACUACUGAAGACUCAUUAGUAGUUAAAGUUGAUGUUACCAACACUGGUAAGGUUGAUGGUGCUGAAGCUGUUCAAUUGUACAUUGAACAAGCCAACCCAUCCAUUAAUAGACCAGUUAAGGAAUUGAAGGACUUUGAAAAGGUUUUCUUAAAGGCCGGUGAAACAAAGACUGUCGAAUUGGAAGUUUCCAUCAAGGAAGCCACUUCUUACUGGAACAGUUUUGUUAACCAAUGGCAAUCUGAUAAAGAUACUUACAAGGUCUUGGUUGGUAAUAGUUCUGACAAUAUCUUGGUCAAGGAUGAAUUUACUACCAAGAAAACCUUCACUUGGUCCGGAUUAUAAGGAAGUUACAUAUGUUUAUGAAAGUUUGUGUAUAGAGUUUAUAUUGAAUAUGAAUCUUUGGUAUUUCAGUUAUGG